GAUUCCUGAUCGGUAACGAGGAUUCUCUUUUCUUCACCGGCAGACAAGCGCUCCGUGUCGGAGGAAAUGGAAAGGAAAGAGGCAGAUGAGGAAACGUUGAGGAACCAGGUGGAGCGGGCGCUGAACAUGGACGUGGACCGGUGCCUGGCCAUGACGGCGUGCGUCAUGACGGCCAAGAGGAGGCUGGACCAUCCGAGUCGGGUCACGGAGCUCUUGGGGGGGUUUUUUCGGUGUCUCACUACAUGCUGGGUCAUCCGCAGAGCGUGACGGAAGAGCCGC